UGAGCUUCGUGGCCGGGCUGGGCUGGCUGGUGGCGCUGGCCUUCCAGCCGUGCACGCUGCGCGCCUACAUGUCCGAGAACGCCAUGGGCUCCACCAUGGUCGAGGAGCACUUCGGCUACGGCGAGCGCGCCCUCUCCUACGCCCGGGACUUCGCCGCGCACAAGAAGAAGGCCCGGGGCAUGCCGGUGGCCUGGCUGGAGAAGACCAUGUGGAACCUGGGCCUGGAGGUCUACAAGCAGAGCUUUUCCCGCACGCUGCCCUUCCCCGAUGAGCUGCGCGAGAGAUACAUGGUGAAGGGAACCAACGUCUAUGGAAUCCUGAGGGCCCCCCGGGCAGCCAGUACGGAGUCCUUGGUGUUGAGCGUCCCCUGCAGCGAAGGCCCCCAGAACAACCAGGCCGUGGGACUGAUGCUGGCCCUGGCGUCCUACUUCCGAGGUCAGAUCUACUGGGCCAAGGACAUCAUCUUCCUGGUGAAUGAGCACGACCUCAUCGGCAUGGAGGCCUGGCUGGAGGCCUACCACAAUGUCAAUGUCACAGAGCUCCAGUCGUCCGGGAUGUUGGGCCGGGCGGGAGCCAUCCAGGCGGCCAUCUCCCUGGAGCUGAGCAGCGACGUCAUCACCAGCUUCGACGUGGCCGUGGAGGGCCUGAACGGGCAGCUGCCCAACCUGGACCUGGUCAACCUCUUCUACGCCUUCUGCCAGAAAAGCAACCUGCUCUGCACCAUCCAGGGGAAGCUGCAGCGCUCCGACUGGGACUCGCUGCCGGCCUACCUGCACUCCCUGCAGACCCUGCUGCUGAUGGUGCUCAAGCAGGGCUCCGGCCGGCCUCAGGGGGACCACGGCCUCUUUCUGCGCUACCACAUUGAGGCCAUCACCGUGCGGGGCAUCAACAGUUUCCGCCAGUACAAGUACGACAUGGGCGCCGUGGGCAAAACCCUGGAGGGAAUGUUCCGGAAGCUGAACAACCUGUUGGAACGCCUGCACCAGUCCUACUUCUUCUACCUGCUGCCUUCCCUCUCCCGCUUCGUCUCCAUCGGGGUCUACAUGCCGGCCUUCGGCUUCCUCAUCCUCAUUCUCGUCUUGAAGGCUCUGGAUCUGUGGAUGAAGCUGAGUGGCUGCGACGUGGACCCUGCUGACCAGUCUUGUGACGGAGGCCCUGUGGCAACAGAGGAGGCCUGGCCAAGCCUGCUGAGCCUGGUGCCCCCGCUGCUGAUCUGCCACGCCACGGGCCUCGCCCUCUACUUUGUGCCCAUCCUGGGGCAGCACAUGGCCACCCACCACUUCCCGGUGUCGGAGGCCGUGGUGCUCACGGUCAUCGCCAUCUACGUGGCGGGGCUGGCGCUGCCCCACAACACACACAGGGUCCUGACAGGCGCGGGAAGCGACCGUGGCUGGAUGCUGCUGAAGCUGCUCUCCUUGCUGUACCUGGCCAUGCAGCUGGGCUGCAUCGCCCUCGUCAACUUCUCCCUGGGCUUCUUGCUGGCCGUCACCAUGGUGCCUGUGGCCGCCGCCGUCCAGCCCACCGGGCCCAAGGCGCUGCAGGCUGCGCUGCUAGUGCUGGUGACUCCAGCUGCCACACUACUGUUCUGCAUCUUCCUGUACCACGAGCUGAUCGAGUACCCCAUCUCCAUGCUGGAGGGCUGGCAGCGGUUCCUGCAGGCCAUUGCUGAGGGGCUCCUGGACCACCACCUCUAUGGCUCCAUCGUCUUCCCCUUCGUGGCGUUCUUUGUCUACCCCUGCUGGCUCUUGCUGUGGAAUGUGCUCUUCUGGAAGUAGCUCCCCCAGCCACAGGCUCUGCCCUUGAACCUGGCCUGCCCAGCUUGCCUGCACCCAGGGUGUGCCCAUGGGGGUGGGAGGGCAGGCGUAUGGACCACUGCUGAGUCUGCAGAGCAAAACGCUGUGGGCAGAGGGAAGCUGGAAAGAAUGCCACCUGGCGCUCUGCCCUGGAAGGUGGGUGGGAAAAGUGGGGCACAGGAGGAAGGCCCUUGACGGGCAGAGGGGAGCCUGAAAGGGCAAGCCUUGACCAGGAGGGUGGGAGCAGGACCGCCUGUGUUCCAACAGGUGCUCUUGUGACGCGCACACCCCCUGGUUAGGGGGCCAGGGAGAGGCUGAGCUGUCUGGGGGGGCAUGCACUGGUGCUGCAUUCUGGUCUCAGGUGCUGCGGGGGGGGGGCUCUGUCAUGCCCAGGCGGAAGAGGGUGUGUCAUAGGUGGGCGGUUCAACCUUUGAUAUGAAAAUAAAGAGAGGUGAUUGUGUGAUGA